AAAUAAUUUAACACAAAAUGUCUUGGACUCCUUUCGUUGACUCUCAAUUCGUUGCUCCAUCAAAUGGUUUGAUCCAAAAGGGUUUGAUCAUGGGUAGAGAUGGUACUAUCUGGGGUGUUACUGAUGGUUGGGCCGUCACUGCUCAAGAAGCUAAGAAUUUGGCUGGUCAAGUUGCUAAUCCAUCUUCUGUUCCUGCUACUGGUAUUACUUUGGGUGGUGUCAAAUAUAUGGGUUUGGUUGCUGAUGAAGAAAACUUCCAAGGUUUCUCUUCCACAAAGAAGCAAGGCGUAUCAGGAGUUGUCUUGAAGUCAGCUGUCAUUGUUGGUAGUUUUUCUGAACCACACAAGAAUCCAAAUGCUUACUCAUUCUUGAAGGGUGUUGCUGAUUCAUUGGUCAAUGCUGGUACUUUGCAAUAAGCAAUGUAUAUCUCUUAUUAAAUUGUACAUAUAAUGUGAUUUUUAUCA